AUGGAGGCUCUCUUGCAGCAGUCCCGUUCUAUGUGCCCAUUCCUCAAGCGCACAUCCCCCACCACUCUCCGCACGCUCUCGACCGCUACUCGUCCCAACUCCAGCCCCGGAGGCGGUACCAUGUCCAAUUUGCAGGUCAUCGCCCGCCGCUGCCCGGUCAUGAACAAGGCUCUGGCCGUGCAGAGUGCUCGUCUCAGUGGCACCAAGCGCUUCACCUCGCGCGCCGCCGGAGUCGCCGCAUUCCAGCCUAUGCGGGCCCCCAUCGGCAAGCGGGAACUGCACAGUUCCAACGGCAACCCCGCCAGCCUCGCCUCUGGCGGAUACCAAAAGACCGAGCAAGGAAACCAUAACCCCACCAAUCCGCUGCGCCCGUCUCCCACCGCUGCCGAGGCCGCCUUCCGCGGUCCCCCCGAUGCGCCGACCAACAAGCCGUACAAUUACCAGGGCUUUUACGAUGCGGAGCUUGAGAAGAAGCACAAGGACAAGUCUUACCGCUAUUUCAACAACAUCAACCGUCUCGCCAAGGAGUUCCCGCGUGCCCACACUGCGUCUGCCGAAGAGCGUGUGACUGUCUGGUGCUCCAAUGACUACCUCGGCAUGGGACGCAACCAGCAGGUUUUGGAUACCAUGCACAAGACAUUGGAUACCUACGGAUCUGGCGCGGGCGGUACCCGUAACAUCUCGGGCCACAACCAACACGCUGUCACUUUGGAGAAGACCCUCGCCAAGUUGCAUGGCAAGGAGGCUGCAUUGGUCUUUAGCUCAUGCUUCGUCGCUAAUGAUGCUACCUUGGCAACCCUGGGCAGCAAACUUCCUGAUUGUGUCAUCCUCUCGGAUAGUCUCAACCAUGCCUCCAUGAUUCAAGGCAUCCGUCACUCUGGCGCGAAGAAGAUGGUGUUCAAGCACAACGAUUUGGAAGACCUCGAAACCAAGCUGGCAUCUCUGCCCUUGAGUACCCCAAAGAUCAUUGCCUUCGAAUCCGUGUACAGUAUGUGCGGAUCGAUCGCCCCAAUUGAGAAGAUCCAGGAUCUUGCCGAUAAGUACGGUGCCAUCACUUUCUUGGACGAAGUGCACGCUGUAGGCAUGUACGGCCCGCACGGAGCUGGAGUCGCCGAGCACCUCGACUAUGACAAGUGGGCAUCGCAGGAUACAGCCUCCCCGCAAAACACCAAGGGCACUGUUCAGGACCGCGUCGAUAUCAUCACUGGUACCCUCGGCAAGGCCUACGGCAGUGUCGGUGGCUACAUCGCCGGUUCCGCAGCUAUGGUUGACACCAUCCGCUCACUCGCCCCGGGCUUCAUCUUCACCACCUCUCUCCCACCAUGCACCAUGGCCGGUGCCAACACCGCCAUCGAAUUCCUCGCCCAGGAACCCCGCGAAAGAACCCUUCAACAGCUCCACACUCGCGCUGUGAAGAAGUCUCUCAAGGACCUGGACAUCCCUGUCAUCCCCAACCCAUCCCACAUCGUUCCUCUCCUCGUUGGCUCCGCCGAGCUAGCUAAGAAAGCAUCCGAUAAGCUCCUCGAAGAGCAUGGCAUCUACGUCCAGGCAAUCAACUACCCCACCGUCCCCCGCGGCGAGGAGCGUCUGCGCAUCACCCCGACCCCCGGCCACACCAAGCCUCUCCGCGAUCAUCUUAUCGAGGCCGUGCAGGCCGUCUGGAACGACCUGGGUCUGAAGCGCACCAGCGACUGGCAGAGCGAGGGCGGUUUCGUCGGUGUCGGUGUUGAAGGCGCCGAGGCUGCUAACCUGCCCAUCUGGGAGGACUCCCAGCUGGGUCUGCAGGCCGGCGAGACUCUCGAUGCUGCUAUUGCUCGUGAGUUCGAUGCCGCUCCUCAGGCUUCUGCCGCCCCUUAG